AAAAGAUAUCGUUGGCUGAAACCUAGAUUGGGGAAAAAAAAUAGACGGAUCUUCCCAAAACCCUAACGUGUGUAUCUCUUCUCCCAAAUUUCUCUUCGAUCUCUGUUGUUUGACCUCAAUCAAAAACCCUAAUCGAAACUGAAAGGAGGAUUAUCCGAUUGCAAAACACGCAAUCUGGUCCUCUCUUUUUGUUCCUCCUCCGGCAGCGACGAAUCGUCGUCGGUAAGUCUAUACUUUGGUGAGCUGGUUGUGGUAUCUAUUAGAUCAUGGGAUCUGAAGAGAAGAAAUUUGGAGGGCCAAGAGAACUGACUGGGGCUGUUGAUCUUAUCAGCCGCUACAAGUUAUUGGCUCACCAUGACUUUUUCUGUAAGAGGUCGCUUCCAUUCGCGCUCUCGGAUGCACAUUAUCUUCACAACUUGGUGGGUGACACAGACAUCAGAAAAGGGGAGGGCAUGCAGCUGGAUGAGCUCGUUCCCAAAUCUUCCUAUGCCGGGGAGACCAAUUCUCAUAUUCAACCUUUUGCUCUGGAUGUCCUCCGAGAUGCCUUCCAACUGCAGGAAACUGCUCACGUUCAGUUGCCUCCUGAUGAAAAGGGGGUUCCUACCAUUGCAUCAAAAUCAAGGAGUGAAUCUAAAGAUAAAGAGAAGAAGCACAAAAAGCACAGAGAUAAAGAGAAGCGGAAAGAUAAAGAACAUAAGAAGAGCAAGCACCGGCAUAAAGAUCGAAGUAAAGAUAAAGACAAGGAGAAGGACAAAAAUGGUCAUCUUGAUCCUGGUGAUCAAUCAAAGAUACGCCAAGAAAAGAAAAGGAAGCAUGAUGGAGAUGAAAGUCUUAAUGGGCACACCAAGAGCAAGCAUAAGAGCUCUCGGCUAGAUGCGGUCAAUGUGACAAGGGUACUACGCUGAAUGCAAGGCAUUACAAUUUGCUUCUCGAGUAGAUCAUAGCCCGACAAAGAUUGGUCAACUUGCCCUCGUGCAGAUUAAACUAGGUAAACCCCCCAAUUCCUGAGCACAUUCAACAAUCCUCGGGUAAAAAGGCGCUGUCUAAUCAUCGUCGAGAGGGCAGGUUGAGUAAUCUUUCCAGUCUGGAGCAUGCGUAUACAUAUCUACGAUCCUUGGUUGUGAAAAAAGGGCGUCCAUCGAUGUAGGGCAAGUUUUGUUUUCGCUUUUCUGAUGGGUUCCAACGAUCAGCCAAAAUAACUCUCGUUUUUAGCCCUUGGAAACGGAUGAUUGAUUAUUCAUGUCCCGUGGUCUCUGCGAGACUCGCUAUAUUGUCUUAUGUCAUCACACUAUCACAACUGAUCUCGACACGCAAGGCUGAUUAUGAAUCAUGUAAAUUCUUUGGAGUACCGAGCAAAAUUUUGGUAAAAGACCAUCGCAUAUUCAUGUUCUC